CAAAGGUGAACAAGAAGGAAUACUUGAAGAAACUGAUAUUAAAAUGGAGAAUGAACGAAUUAAACUUGAACAACAAUUAAAUACUGAAUUAAUUAUUAAAGAUGAAAUAUUUGAUGGAAAUGAUUUAGAAUUUCAUAAUAUUAAAAAUGAAGAAAAAUCUUUGACGUGUGAAGUGUGUGAUAAAACUUUUAAUAAAAAACACCAUUUAAGUGAACAUAAACGAAUUCAUACCAGGGAAAAAUGUUUUUCAUGUGAAGUGUGUGAUAAAUCAUUUAAUUAUAAAAGCAACUUAGUUCAACAUAAACGAAUUCAUACCAAGGAAAAACCUUUUUCAUGUGAAGUGUGUGAGAAAUCAUUUACUUAUAAAAACGGUUUAAUUCAACAUGAACGAACUCAUACAGGGGAAAAACCUUUUUCAUGUGAAAUGUGUGAUAAAACAUUUACUCUAAAAAGUAAUUUAAUAAACCAUAAACGAACUCAUACAGGUGAAAAACGUUUUCCAUGUGAAGUGUGUGAUAAAUCAUUUAAUUAUAAAAGCAUCUUAGUUCAACAUAAACGAAUUCAUACCGGGGAAAAGCCUUUUUCAUGUGAAAUGUGUGAUAAAAUAUUUACUCAAAAAUGCAGUUUAAAUGUACAUAAACAAAGUCAUGUAGGUGAAAAACGUUUUUCAUGCGAAAUGUGUGAUAAAUCAUUUAAUUAUAUAAACCUUUUAAUUCAACAUGAACGAAUUCAUACUGGGGGAAAACCCUUUUCAUGUGAAAUGUGUGAUAAAGAAUUUACUCAGAAAAGUAAUUUAGUUACACAUAAACGAACUCAUACAGAUGAAAAACCUUAUUCAUGUGAAAUGUGUGAUAAAUCAUUUAAAAGAAAACUCGAUUUAAUUCGGCAUGAACGAAUUCAUACUGGGGAAAAACCUUAUUCAUGUGAAAUGUGUGAUAAAACAUUUGCUCAAAAAAGCAGUUUAACUAUACAUAAACAAAGUCAUACAGGAGUAACGUGAGGAAGCAC